AUGCGCAAAUUAACGCCCCAAAGCCUAAUUAUGCAGGUCCAAAACCUCUACGUCAAGGACUUUUCAGCCGUACCGUAUUGCCCAACGUCUAAGCAAACGCCAAGACCCCCAGCCAAGCGCAUCCCGCUAAUUCCGUCCCUUGAGAUCCUAGCACAUCCACCAACCAAGGCACAGCCCGGGGGUGAGCCUUUUGCAAACAACACCACAGAAGUCAUCAUGAGGUGGACCACGAUAACUACAGCCGCGGCUCUACUCGGUAGCGUUGACGCCGUUAGCUUCCCGAGAUCAAAGGCCGGUAAAGGUUAUCUGUCGAUGCACGUUGGUACCGUUGAGCGAAACAAGAACAAGCAGCACGAUAAGCGUCAAGACGGUGACGCUAUCGCCGUUCGACUCGAGAACAAAGAUUUCUUCUACGCAACAGACAUUGAAAUCGGUACUCCUCCUCAAAAAGUCACAGUCCUUCUCGAUACUGGCUCCAACGAACUCUGGGUAAACCCCGACUGCGAAGAAGCUCAAUCUGCUCUUCAAUACAACCAAUGUCUUGACUUUGGACAAUACGACCCUCGAAAGUCAAAGACACCACCCAUCGGCCCUUUUGGUGGCGAGACACUCAACUAUGGCGACGCGUCCGAUUCAUCGACGCACACAUCAGCGACGAUCCGAUACUAUACAGAUCUCAUGACAUUUGGAGACUCAAAGUUGAGGAAUCAGACUUUUGGUGUCUUGGUUGAGAGCAAUGGUAUCUCACAGGGUAUUCUGGGUCUUGCGCCUGACCUGAGGGCUGGAUUUGACGGCGAUGAGCCUUACAGCUUAUUGCUCACUUCCAUGGCUGAUCAGGGACUUAUCAACAGCCGUGUGUUCGCGCUUGAUCUACGACACUCUGAUGAUACCGAGGGUGCCCUAAUCUACGGCGGUAUUGAUCGCAGUAAGUAUAUUGGCAAGCUGGAGACGCGCCCUAUCAUUCGCGGCGAGGGUGGUGAGUACCGUCUCGCCGUGGAGUUGGAUAGCCUCGGCGUCACUAUUAGCGGUGAUACACAGGACAUUCGUGUCUCGAGCUCUGACUCCAACGUUAUGCUCGACUCUGGAACGACUCUCACCCGCAUGCACAUGUCGGUCGCGCGACCAAUUCUGGAGGCUCUCGAUGCUCAGAACGAUGGUGAGGGUUUUUACAUGACCGACUGUGAAAACCGCGACCUCGAUGGCACGGUUGAUUUUGGGUUUGGCGAUAAAAUCAUUAAAGUUGCCUUCAGCGACUUUAUUCUUGAGCUUGGACCUGGAACGUGCUACAUUGGUCUUGUACCUACCAGCGACCAGCAGAUUCUUGGUGACUCUGUUCUGCGAGCCGGAUACUUCGUCUUCGAUUGGGAUAACGAGGAGGUCCAUCUCGCUCAGGCUGCUGAUUGUGGUGAUGAGGACAUCGUUGCUGUUGGUUCAGGCUCUGACGCUGUGCCCAGUGAGACUGGCAAGUGCAAGAGUUCCGACAUCACAGCCACUGGACGUGCGGCUACUGCUACAGGCACAGGCGGCUCGUUCCCUACAUCUGCUUACACCACUACUUACACCAUCACCUCAUGUCCCGACUUCGAACGCGACUGUGCCACAGGCGUCGUGACGACACAGACCUUCAGCGGUCGACCAACCGUCACAGUCACUGCCGGGGCCGGUAGUGGCGGUGGUGACGAUGACAAUGCCGCAUGGCAGCCUAUCCCCCUCAGCUGGGUGUUUGCUGUCAUUGGCGGUUUUGCUCUCGGAGUUAACUUGCUAUAG